AUGGCGCACAGUUGGCGAGAUUGUCAGUAUGUUGGCUGGUAUGACGAGGAAAGUUUGGGAGGUUUGGAGGGCACGUGUGUCAAGACGGUGGAGACAGACCCCAAUUUCGUGAUGGGUCAUGUCAUCAAAAAUGGUUUGGAAGUUUUGGGGACUGGCCGGACAAUCAGACUUGACCAGGAGUUGGACAAGGACAUUAAAAAAAUGGUCAGUCUGGGCAAGUCUAAGAGUGUCACUGACCGGGAGAAGAAACAUGUCAACGCGGUCAGACUCUGGGCAGAGGGGGAGAUGACAGCUGCGACCCAUGUGUGGGAGGACAUUCUGGUGACACACCCCCAGGACAUCCUCGCCCUCAAGUUCGCACACGACUCCUACUUCUACCUCGGCUACCAACCACAGUGUAGGGACAGUAUAGCUAGGGUACUGCCAUCUUGGAAUAAGCGCAUGCCCUUAUAUGGAUACCUACUUGGAAUGUAUGCGUUCGGCCUGGAGGAGUGCAACCAUUAUCAACAGGCAGAGGUGACAGCACGACAGGGACUGGACAUCAAUCGGCGUGAUGCCUGGUCAACACAUGCUAUGGCUCAUGUCUUUGAAAUGCAAGGACGUUUCGAGGAGGGAAUCAACUUCAUGUCCAAUACAGAGAAUGACUGGAAUACCUGUGGGAUGAUUGCUUGUCAUAACUACUGGCACUAUGGCGUUUACAACAUAGAAAAGGGUACCUAUGACGAUGCUUUAGGAAUAUUUGACAGUGAGAUUAUGAAGAGAGCCAAGACCUCGGGAGCGUUAUUAGACGUGGUCGAUGCUGCGUCCCUUUUGUUCAGGCUUCAGAUGGAAGGGGUCAAUGUGAAGGACCGCUGGCAGGAUGUGUUUGAGAGCUGUCAGUCACAUAUCGAGGAUCACAUCAUCACCUUCAACGACGCCCACAUCCUAUUUGCGUGCCUUGGGUCAGAAAAAGUGGAGGAGUCAAAGAGAUUGAUUGACACACUGAAAGAUUUCGUUAGGAAUGGGAAGGGAGAUAACCGGCGUAUAUCGGAGGAAGUAGGCGUGCCGUUGUGUGAAGGAAUACUGGCGUAUGAGAACGGAGAAUAUGCGCGGGCAGUAGAUCUGAUGUACCCUAUAAGGUACAGGAUCAUUACUAUAGGAGGCAGUCACGCACAGCGGGAUGUCUUCAAUCAGUUACUCAUCCAGGCAGCGAUCAAGUCUACCAGGAAGGACCACUGUAAACUGGCGAGGUCACUGUUGACAGAGCGGAAGUCACUUAAACAGAAUGCUCCCCUGACUGACCGUCUCAUGGCUAAAGCGAUGGCCGUCCAUGUAGAGUAGACAGGAACCAAAGGGAGGUAAUCAAAUACAACUUUAAGGAAAGACAAAAGCGUGAUAUGGAAUCUUUAAUGAGUUACUGGAGGCGAUACCUGGAAUUACAUCAGGCAGCACCUCCAGUAACGGGACAGACACAAAGUUAACAUUGCCAUGCUGUCAUGUUGACAUCAGAUAUCUGGGAGUAAUUGUAUACGGGACAGACACAAAGUUUACAUUGUCAUGCUGUCAUGUUGACAUCAGAUAUCAAGGAGUAAUUGUAUACGGGACAGACACAAAGUUUACAUUGUCAUGCUGUCAUGUUGACAUCAGAUAUCAAGGAGUAAUUGUAUACGGGACAGACACAAAGUUUAGAUUGCCAUGCUGUCAUGUUGACAUCAGAUAUCUGGAAGUAAUUGUAUACGGGACAGACACAAAGUUUGCAUUGCCAUGCUGUCAUGUUGGCAUCAGAUAUCUGGGAGUAAUUGUAUACGGGGCAGACACAAAGUUUACAUUGCCAUGCUGUCAUAUUGACAUCAGAUAUCAGGGAGUAAUUGUAUAUGGGACAGACACAAAGUUUACAUUGCCAUGCUGUCAUAUUGACAUCAGAUAUCAGGGAGUAAUUGUAUACAGGACAGACACAAAGUUUACAUUGCCAUGCUGUCAUAUUGACAUCAGAUAUCAGGGAGAAAUUGUAUACGGGACAGACACAAAGUUUACAUUGCUAUGCUGUCAUGUUGACAUCAGAUAUGUGGGAGUAAUUGUAUACGGGACAGACACAAAGUUUA